AUGCAUCCGUACACAAAUCGACACUUGCCUUCUAGGCCCGACUAUGCUCGGUCGCAGACUAUGCCUCGCGGCCCACUCCCGGGGCCUCCGCACGGUCCCAUGUACCCAGACCACGCUCCUCCAUCCGAGCGCGCCUACGCGCCGUACCCCGCUCCCCACCCCACCUACACGCGCCACCAUCACUCGUACUACGACGAGCGCGGCCCUCUUCCACCGCCGCCCCUCCACCACCGACACACGCAUCACGAUGAGCCCUACUAUCCCUACGAUGGCCGAUCCCCCUCGUCGGUCAGCGCCGCACACCAGCAUGCCCAGUGCGCUCGCGACCACCAUGGUCACCCACAGCAUCCCGGUCAUGCGCCCGCUCAUGCCCGUCAUCCAUACAGCUCGCACCACGCGUCGUUCUCUUCAAACAGCUCGACGGCGUCCUCUUCGGCUCACGGCAUGCGAGCAUCCAUCGGCCACCCCAUGUCCAUGCCCAUCGGCUCGCAGCAGCAGCCGACCUACCGAGGCCACAUCAAGACCACCAAGGACGCCAUCCUCCUCCUCGCCGCCUGCGAUCUCGUCGAAGACGCCGGCGUGCCCGGCUUGCCGCCUCCUCGACGUGUCAACCGUCGUCUCUUGGAUUCCGAACGCGCCGAUCUCAUCUGCUCCGGCAGCAUCUUUGUGUGGGAUGAGAAGGAGGCCGGCAUGCGUCGAUGGACCGACGGCAAGUGCUGGUCUGCCAGUCGAGUAAGCGGCUGCUUCCUUACGUACCGCGAGCUCGAGGCGCGCAAGAAGCCGUCGUCCUCCAUCACUGGCGGUCCUACUUCCAACCUCUACAAAGCCGAGGGUCUCAUCAAGCAAUCAUUCAGCAUGACCACCACCUCGGGCCGCAAGCUUCACGUCAUCUCCUACUACACCAAGCGCGACGUUCGCGAAGGUUUGCUGCGUCGCGUCAGCGAAGACCCUCGCUUCGUUGGCGAGAACGGCGGCGAGUGGGGUCUCGAGGUCGACGAGGCCGAGUAUCCCGAUCCGAUCAGCCGCGCCGGUGAUCUUCCUCCUGGAGUCAACCCGGAAGACCUCGAAGGCUCGCAGUCGCCCCCUGGUCCCGCCCACCUGGAAAUUCGUCGCGGUUCCGCUGCGAUGCACUCCAAGGACACUGGCUACGAAGCUCAUCCUGUCUCUCCUGGACCGCGAUCGUACGUCGACGAGCGCACCCGCACGGAGCGUGGCCGCAUCUCGCCCGGCGCAAGGGACCCACGCACGCUCUCGCCCCGCGAGGCUGCAUCCGGGCGUGAGUCUGACAGCCACGCGCCUCGCUUGCGUCCUGUCAAGGCCGAACCUGUCGACAGGCUUUCGUAUGCCGAGGUGACACCUUUCCACGAAGCGCGCGGUCUGCUCCCCAUUCGACCCAUCCCGGUGGACUCCAAGUAUGCAGAGCUCGCCGUUCGACGUGGCAGCAAGGAUGCCACGUUGGACGCUUCGCCUCGCUCUCUUCACGAUGCAGGACACGCGUAUGGCCGCAAGCGAUCGUACCAGGAUUUCCGCGGUGGAGCUCUGCCUCUUGACGAUGGUCGCGACGACAUCAAGCCGACGCGCCCUCGUCUACAGCGUCUGCGCAGCUCGAGCAUGAGCAGCCCCAGCAAAUCGGCUCAGGACGUGCUCGCGCCCAUCCGACCGAGCCGCCCUCUCGGUCGCGGUGGCUCGGACGACGAGGGAGUGUCCAAGCUUCGCUCCACGCACGGAGGACCGCACGGGUUCAAGGAGCAGCGCGAUUCGGCGGUGGGUGCUCUGCUGAGCCUGCGCAGCGGUUCCGGCUCGAGCGAAGACUCGCUCCCGAUGCACGCCAAGACCGGCGCUGCCUCCAUGUCGCAAUCCUCCGCGAUGACGACACCCACGAGCGUCGAAGGAGACGAUGUGGCCGGCAAACCCGCAUUCUCCCGUAUGGAUCGUGCUGCCCUCGACCGGUUCAGCGUUCGUAUCUAA